UAGCAACGCUGUUGUUGACGUGAGCCAACUUAACUGUCUUUAGCUAGCUCGAGCCUUAAAUUAUAACUUUAUAGGACUAUAGGUUUUCCUACUAGCUUGUUUGCUUAUUUGAGCUGGAAAUUAGCUAGAUAUAAAUUCUCUUUGAUUGUUUUUAUCACAUUUAUUGGGCUCAUUCAGUACAUAUCGAGGGAAUUCCUUUGCGAGGUUGCAGAAUGGCUUGUUAGGUCGUGGUAGGUCGCGCCAGAGAAGCGCUAACGUACGUUACAACGUUGCAGCUAAAGUACUCACAGAUGUUUUGGUAGUAGCCUACGUCUCCUUUUCCCCUGAUAAAAUGUUCAAGACAAAGAUUCUUAUUAUCGGUCCAAGUGAGAGUGGGAAGACCGUUUUGGCCAAUUUCUUAUCGGACACAGUGGAGACCAUUGGGGGUGAUUACAGUCCAACACAAGGUGUCAGGAUACUUGAGUUUGAAUCACAGAACCAUGGUAGCGGUGACAGAGAGUCCCCGUGUGAGGUGGAACUGUGGGACUGUGGAGGGGAUUUCAAAUUUGAAUCUUGCUGGCCUGCGCUGAUGAAGGACUCCAAUGGUGUGGUCAUUGUGUUUAAUGAUGACGUGCCAAGCCAUGUAAAGGAGGUCGAGACCUGGUACUCAACAUUUGUUGCCUCACAGGGACUACGAGAGAAUCAGUGCCUUUUACUAAUCCAUCACAAGCCCGGAAGUGGAGCAAAUACUUCACCUCCACCACUGGCACCACAUCUAAGCAAGCUGCAACUCAGUCACUCUAAUCUGGAAGAGGACCCAGAGGAUGUGCGGCAGGAGUUUAGAAGAUUUUUGGGAAGUGUUGUGAAGACGAUGUCUGAAAACCGGGAACAUGAGGAAAUGUCAAUCAUCACCUGAACAGUUGAGGAGAUGACGUAACCUGCUUUUUUUUUUUUUUUACACCUGUAAAGAUGUUACAGAAAACAUUUUUGUAAACUUGAGCAGAUGUUGCCUGAGGAUAUGUACAUAUUUAUACACAAUUUGUUACCUAUAAAAAUGUUGCAGUCACCAGUAAUUGAUCAAUAAACCACUCUUUACAAAAUUCCAAACCACGUGACAGUCAAGUUGCCACAGCAAUGCAUCUUAUAACUGGAAGGAAGACAGAAUUGUUCUUAAACAGUUCAUUUCUUUAUUGUAUUAACAUAGGUUUUAACUGGACAUGGAAGGCUUGUGCAAGCACUAUAGACAAAUAACAUUGGUCAAUCCUGAAUUUAAACGUCGUAGCCAACAAUGCCUCGCUUUCCAAUGAUUUCGCCAAUGUAGAACCACAUCAAGACUUCAGUGGCCACCAACCCAUUCCUCACUGCAUCCUGGAAAAGUCACAAACAUAAAUGCAUUAAUUAAGGGUACGUCAAAUCAAGACAGAAAUUUCCUGGACAUCGAAGAAUGACAUCAAGUUUUGGGACCACAGCAAUAAGGUUGUUACUGAUGUUGCUCACAUACAAUGUGGUGGUCCCUUAAGAAAGUCAUCAGUGUAACCAAAAGGUAUAUUCAAAUGUGAGGUGAUUAAGUAUAUGGUUGCUCCAUGAUUUAAUAAAGCAAAACAGAAAUGA